AUGCAAAAUUCAAUAAUAUCUGAUAGGCUAAAACCAUAUCUAGGUCCUUAAAUCUACACUUAAUUUACUUAACUUGCAAUUCAAAAAGAAUGUGUGAAUUUAGGACAAGGAUUUCCGAAUUAUCCAUCACCUUAAUUUUUAAGAUAGGCAAUUUCUGAGGAAGCAUUGGUUGAGUCAUUACAGUAUACUUCUACAUCGGGUUUACCAAGAUUAUUAAAAUCAGGGGCUGAAUUCUUUAGUAAACAUAUAGGAAUAAGUAUCGAUUCUGAGAAAGAGAUUAGUAUUGGAGCAGGUGCUUAGACUAUAUUAGUAUCUGUAUUUUAAGCAAUUUUAAAUAAAGGAGAUGAAGUGAUUUGCUUUGAUCCAUCUUUUGGUACUAUAGUAGUUAAAUAAUAUAUAGAUGUAUAUAAACCAAUGAUAGAGUUUUAAGGAGCGAAAUAGAUUGGGAUAGCAUUGAAAAUAGGAAAAUGGAAUAAUAAGGAAGAGAUGUUAAGGAAAUUUGAGAAUGGGAUAUUUAGAUAGGAUAAAGAGGAUAUUUGGAAGAUUGAUUUGGAUAGUUUAAAAUAUCAUUUAAAUGAUAAAACAAAAAUGAUUAUAUUAAAUUCUCCUUAAAAUCCAAAUGGAAAGUAUAUAGAUAAAUAAAGACUAGGGUUUACGAUUAAGAAGAGUUAGAUUAAUUGGCAGAUAUUUUAGAAAAUUAUCCAAAUGUAGUAAUUUGUGAAGAUGCUGCAUAUCAUCAUUUGCCAUUUGGAGAUUAUGAGAUAUUUAAUUAUCCAAGAAGCAUAUCACAUAAAAGAUUAUCUAAGAAAACCAUAUGUGUAAUAAGUGCAGGUAAAAUGUUUUCAGCAACAGGAUUAAGAGUUGGAUUUGCAAUAGGACCAGAAAGUAUUAUAAAAGGAGUUAAGGCAGCUUAAACAUAUCAUUUAUUUUGUUUGAAUCCAAUUAUGUAAGCAGCAACAGCUAAAUCUUUAGAAUUAUGUAUGGAUGGGUAAUAUUUUAAAGAGAAGAGAAUUUUUUAUGAAAAACAAGCAUAAACUUUAUUAAAGGGAUUAGUUGAGAGUAGAUUAAAUUUAAAUUAUAUGGUUCCAUCUGGUGGAUAUUUUCUAUUAACAGAUAUUUCAAAUGUUGAAAUUCCUGAAUAAUAUUUCAUUCAUCCAGACACAAAAGAAACACUUAGUAGAGAUUUUGCAUUUGUUUAUUAUUUGGCAAAUGAAUUUGGUGUGGUUUGUAUACCUAUGUCACCGUAUUAUAGUGAUAAAAGAAUUGGAGAAAAGUUAGUUAGAUGGGCAUUUUGUAAAACAGAUGAAACAAUUUAAGAAGCAUGCAGGAGAUUGAAGUGAAU